CCUGGGUUCGCCGUGACACAAGUUUGUUUUCGUAUUCCUGGUCGUUUUAGUUAGAUUUUUAUUUGUGUGCGUUUAGGGGAAAAGGACGAUAACUGGACUGCUCCCUGAAAUUCGGGAAUUCGCUAAAAAAGUAAAUGGAAGUGCUGCUUAUUUUCCACUAGGAGUAACAAUGGUGAUACAAUGAUCCAACAUCUUAAGUGAAUUGUUGUGUGAGAUGUGGAGUCGCUUCGUCAAUAACAUUAUAGUGCGGGACAAUACUCUUCUCGGUCUACUCUGGAUCCUCUCAUUUCUCACACUCUCCGGAACCUUCGACCACCCUCCUCGUCUCCGCAUGAUCGACUCCUACUCCGGAAGUACCAUGGAGCAUGAGAUCAAGCUACGUCAUCGUCACAGGAAGAUUCCUGAGGACCUUAAGAUGGAGUUUCUGGCUAAGAACUUCCGUUCUCUCUUGGAAGAAGGUCCGACGCCGGUAGUGGAGAAACCUCUAUGGCCGGUCAAGAGGGAGGCGGUUUUGGAGGGAGAUCUCAUUCUUGGCGGUCUGAUGAUGGUACAUGAACGCUCAGACACAGAGACCUGUGGACCCGUCAUGCCUCAGGGUGGGAUACAAGCACUAGAGACCAUGCUGUACACCCUUGAUGUCAUAAACUCACAAGGUCUCUUACCUUUCACUCUUGGUGCUCACAUCCUAGACGACUGUGACAAAGACACAUAUGGCCUUGAGAUGGCUGUGGACUUUAUAAAAGGGUCCAUCAGCAACAUAGACGACGCAGAGUAUCAUUGCAACAAGAGCACCAUAAGGAAGGUGAUAUCAGGGGUGGUGGGAGCAGCUUCAAGUGUAACCUCCAUUCAGGUUGCAAACCUUCUCAGACUCUUUAAAAUACCUCAGGUAUCUUUCUGGUCUACAUCUCCAGAGCUGAGCAACAAGCAGAGGUUCGAAUAUUUCUCCAGAACCAUUCCCUCAGACCAUCACCAGGUCAAGGCUAUGGUGGAGAUUGUCAAGAAACUAGGAUGGAGCUAUGUUUCAAUCGUGUAUGAAGAGUCCAACUAUGGGAUCAAGGCGUUUGAGGAGUUAGAGUUGCUGCUAUCUAAAUCGAACAUCUGCAUCGCAGUGAAGGAGAAGUUGACCAAGGAUUCAGGAGUGGCUGAAGAAACCGCUUAUGACAAUGUAGUACAGAGACUACAGACCAAACCUAGGGCUAAAGGAGCCAUAAUCUUCGCCUCGGACCAGGAGGUGGCGGGUUUGAUGAGAGCUGUCCGUCGUUGUAACGCCACCGGAAGCUUCUCCUGGAUAGGCAGCGACGGCUGGUCAGCAAGGUCGUUAGUUUCCGAGGGAAGUGAACCAGAAGUGGAGGGAACCCUCAGUGUACAGCCCCAGGCCAACCCUGUGAAGGGGUUUGACACAUACUUCCUCAACCUCACUGUUGAGAAUAACAAAAGAAAUCCGUGGUUUGUUGAGUUCUGGGAGGACCACUUCCAAUGCCGCUACCCCAACAGCUCCAACACCCCCUACAACCGCAAGUACACCACUACCUGCGACCCUUCCUACAGACUUCCACAGGACACCGCGUUUGAGAAUCAGCUGCAAUUCGUCAGCGACGCUGUAAUGGCCUUUGCUAUAGCUCUGCGUGAUAUGCAUGCAGCAUUGUGUCGUGACCAGUUGGGACUCUGUCCUGCCAUGAAGCCUACCAACGGACCUGAUCUCCUGCACUUCUUGCAUGGCGUCACUUUUACUGGAUUGUCAGGGGAUGGGUUCCACUUCGACGCCAACGGAGACGGUCCUGCUCGCUACAACAUCAUCCACUUCAAGCAAAUAUCUCCUGGGAACUUCCAGUGGGUCCAUGUUGGAGAGUAUGUAGAAGGAGAACUUACAUUGAACAUGUCAGAUGUCCAGUUCAAGCUAGGACAGCCUCACCCCCCGGAGUCCGUGUGUAGUUUACCGUGUCAAGUAGGACAAGCCAAGACUUAUGUAGAGGGAGAAAGUUGUUGUUGGCAUUGCUUCAACUGUUCUACUUAUCAGAUCCGCCACCCUCUAGAUGAGACCAAGUGUAUCUGGUGCCCCUGGGGUACAAAGCCUGACACUCAGCACCAGUUCUGUCUGGACAUUCCCGAAGACUUCCUGCGAGCCGAGAGCGCGUGUGCCAUCGGAGCCAUGAGCUUCUCACUGACAGGGUGUCUCGUAACACUGUUCGUGACCGGAGUGUUCAUACAUCACAACGACACCCCGGUAGUCAAGGCUGCAGGUCGAGAACUGACGUAUGUUCUGUUGGGAGGUCUGCUGCUGUGUUACUUGGUGACGUUCGUGCUGGUGCUGCGGCCCUCGGACAUCGUCUGUGGGGUGCAGAGGUUCGGAGCUGGGUUUAGCUUUACCGUUGUUUACGCCGCAUUGCUGACCAAGACCAACCGUAUCUCCCGUAUCUUCAACGCGGGUAAACGCACCACCAAGCGACCUUCCUUCAUCUCUCCACGCAGUCAGCUGAUCAUCUGCAGCGCUCUCGUCUCCGUACAGCUGCUCAUCAAUGCAGUGUGGAUGGUUGUAUCGACUCCCCGUGCCAUCCACCACUACCCCACCAGGGAGGACAACCUCCUGAUAUGCUCAUCCUACGUGGACGCCUCCUACAUGAUCGCCUUCGGGUAUCCCAUCGUACUGAUUGUCGUCUGCACCGUGUACGCUGUGCUGACCAGAAACAUACCUGAGGCAUUCAACGAGUCUAAGCACAUAGGGUUCACAAUGUACACAACUUGUGUGAUCUGGCUGGCGUUUGUGCCUCUGUACUUCGGCACAGGCAACAACAUGGCUCUGAGGAUCACGUCUAUGUCAGUUACCAUCAGUCUGUCUGCGAGUGUUACUGUCGCUUGUCUCUUCUCGCCCAAGCUGUACAUUAUCCUGAUACGCCCAGAGAGAAAUGUUCGACAGAGUAUGAUGCCUAGUACCAGAAACCGCCACCAGGGUGCCGUCAAGUCAGGUACUAGCGCUAGUGUCGCCGUGGCCGCCGCUCAUGUAGACUCUAUCAUCCCCCCUACAGACGUGACUGUAGUUUCCAAAGCGGAGAAACCUCCGGUGUUGAAGGUGAGCAAAUCUACCCAGACGUUGUCGGACACCCAGACUAACACCCACACCCACACCCACACCCAUCCUGUGACCAACGGCGAACCCAGGGCUGUAUAGCGUCAACCCUCCGUGUCCAAGUGUGUAGGCACUCGAGGACGCUCCAAGAAACAGGCUUUUGUCGAGAGUAACCACAAACCUGUAUUCGUGUAAUGUCUUGUGUAUGAAACCUUAUCCCGAUCCCUUUAAGCAUAGCCACGUCUAAUACAAGGCCUUGAAGUCGGGGUGUGGCAACGUCGCACAGAUACUAAACACAGCAGGCGCUACAUUAUGAAUGAGUGUAAACAGGUGUUUCGUUAAGCCGGCCGUGCGGUGUUGCCGAUUUCAUCUCACCGCGGCCUUUUAUUAGAAAGCGCCAUGCUUUGAGUCUUGCGCUAUUUAUAAUAAUUUGUCGUAGGAUAAUUGUUGAUAAAAGAUACGUUACUUUUAAGUGGUUUACAUGGUCCACAAAGGACUUGAUUGAUUUUGGUAAUAUGUGGUAAGGCCUAUUUUUAAAGUUACUUUAAUUAUUAAGACUGAUGAAAAUUGUAAAUCGUUUUUUUUUCAAUGUAUUAAGUUAUAACUAUUUUGUGUCUGAAAGUCUCGAGAAUUUAAAUAAUUAAUACAACCAUUAAUUAUUAACCUUCAUUAUUGUAUAGCGAACACUUUCAACAACAAAUGGUACGCAGUAUAGCAGUACUCAUUAUUAAUUCUGAUAAACAGCAGUUAAUGAAAAUAAAUUUAAAUCUUUGGGUGCGUUGCACAAAUUAAAAAAUAGUAAAAUCAAAUAAAAAGCAAAAUUAUGUUUUAAAGAUAUACUGUCGAUGAUAUGCCGAAAAUAUGACUAUUACUUAAAAGUUUUAGUAUACAUCAAGUCUCAAUUUGGUAUUUAUAACUUACGACAAAUAUAAUAUCGUUCAUAUCGCAAAUUUGGUUCCAGGUAUAGGAAUUAAACUUUUUGUGAGGUUCUGGUUGCAUAGGUAGAACCACUACAGAUGUUGUUAAUUAGAUAAGAGUUAAAAAUCGUAUCCGAUUAUAUGACAUAUCGCAUAUAAUCAACAAUAUUACUGAUGUUUAAGGUUAACAACGGUGCUCAACUUCUUUACUCGUUAGGAAACUAUAUAGUUUAGUGUACAAUGAACAACAAUUGAUUAAACAUCACAUAGCUAUUUUAUACGUAUUUAUAAUUAUUUCAUUUAGUUUUGACUUUGUAUUCUAUUUACUAUUACUUAUUAGCGUUUAAAGGAAA